GUGCUCUGUAACAGAGCAAGAUUGGUCACCUACCUACCAGGGGUUUAUUCCUUAGUCAAAAGAGUUGUAAAUCCCAAGGCUUUUUCUACAGCAGGUUCCUCUGGCUCAGAUGAGCCUCAUGUUGCUGCUACACCUCCUGAUUUAUGUCCAAGAACUGUGUGGCCGGAUGAAGUAAUGGGUCCAUUUGGUCCUCAGGACCAGAGAUUCCAGCUGCCUGGUAAUAUUGGUUUUGACUGUCACCUAAAUGGCACUGCUGCUCAGAAGAAGAGCCAAGUUUCCAAAAGUCUGCCUGAUAUAUUAGCAGAGCCUUCAGCAAGUGAAAGGCAUGAGUUUGUAAUGGCACAAUACAUAAAUGAAUUUCAGGGUGCUGAUGUUCCACAGAAACAGCAAAUAAAUAAUGCUGAAACUUACUUUGAAAAUGCAAAGGUAGAAUGUGCGGUACAAGCUUGUCCUGAACUGCUACGGAAAGACUUUGAAUCAGUAUUUCCAGAAGUGAAUGCCAACCGUUUAACGGUGUUGACUGUCACCCAGAAGACUAAAAAUGACAUGACUGUAUGGAGUCAAGAAGUGGAGGAUGAGAGAGAAAUGCUGUUAGAAAAU